AUGGUGGGACGGCUGUUUCUCUAUGUUUUUACGUUCAUUACAUUAAAUAUUCGAGACGUUGAGGGUAAACCUCCAAUAAAGAUCAUCAACAUGGUCGAAUGUGAUAAACAACGGUACUGUGUGUUUAAAGCCCACAAAUUCGCUGCGACAGAUCCGAUUAUUGUCGAGUUUUUGACUCAUACCACUUUCAAGGACGUGGAUUUUAAUGAGGAUUCUGGGGUAAGGUAUUUUUACUAGUUUUCCGAAAAUUUCAAAAAUUUUUUAAAAAAUUGGCAGAGAGGAUCACGUUCAUCUUUUUUUCAAAAAAUAUUUUAAAUAGGACACCCUUCCCUCACCCCACCUGCACCCACUGCCUGGCCUUGAUUGUAACAUAGACAAGUUCAUGUUAUAGUUUAUAACCUCUGUCCAAACCCCUCUUACCUUCUUUGCAAAGCAUUGGCGAAGAAUGGCUGCUUGACGGUGUCAUUUGACAUUUUGUACACGGGCGUGGAACUUACAUUGAACUUGAAAUGCAUAUACGGAUCUUUGUUAUCCACACUCAAUAUGAACAGUAUGGAACAGCCCUGAAAAUUAAUAAAAAUUAAAUUGUGUUGGGAUGGGUUUUUUGGUUUAGGGAAGGGUAAAAAAAAAGAAAGUUUCAGCCAAAAUUUUUUUAAAUUAAAAUUUUUUUUGAAAACCAAGGUUUCUAUACGAUUUUUUUGUUAUAGAUAACAUAAAACUUCAAUAUUUUUUAGUUAAGACAACGUUUUUUCAGUUAAUCGACAAAAUCCAGGAAGUUUUUCAAGAAUUUGCGAGAAGACGAAGAAAGCUUCUCCUAACUCACCCGGUGAUUUUGCCUUUGACCGGCAAUGGCGGCAAGAAGGGCUACAUGUUGUACAACCCCACACACGAAGUGACCCAGGAAAUGAUGCGCAGUUGGACAAAACAUGAUUGGGACACAAAGUAUCGCAAACUGCAAAUACGACAUUACUGUACUAGUCAUCUGAGCUUUGUAAGUGUAUAAUUUUGAUCUAAUCAGUGUGGGGGGGGGGGAGUAGAUUAUUGUAGGUAGAAUUGGGAAAAGGUUGAUAUAAAGUAUGUCUUAUAUUACAUAUUAAUAUACAAUACCAAAGCUUUUUCACUGUCUAAUCCAAGAAAUUUCAGGUCGAAUCCUUCCGCAUCACCCUCGACUGCAUGUACGAAGAGAACCAGGUAUACACCUACAACUCCACUUCCGGUUCCGGCACUUCCGUCAUCAACCAGUCGUUAUCAAUGGAAGAACCCCUACGCUAUUUGUUCAGUCAAUUCAUGACCUCCCACGUCUCCGCCUGCUAUCAGUACAUUCUCACGACCUCGGGCACCUCUCUCAGCUUAAACACGUAUUGUGUUUGUAGUGGGCACGCAGUGUGUCGGCGGAUUCACGCUACACGAAAGUGUUUCGUCGGCGAAGUCAAAACAAAACACUUUAAUAUCAGCACAGGAGUAGGCUGGGUGAAGGAAUCACAGUUUACUGGCGAAGACAAUAUGGGCUUGUCACGAAAUGCUGAGAAUGUGAGUUGUUUAGCCAACUCAAUGUAAUUUUUAUUAAUCUUCAGGGCUGUUCCAUACUGUUCAUAUUGAGUGUGGAUGACAAAGAUCCGUAUAUGCAUUUCAAGUUCAAUGUAAGUUCCACGCCCGUGUACAAAAUGUCAAAUGAGACCGUCAAGCAGCCAUUCUUCGCCAAUGCUUUGCAAAAGAAGGUAAGAGGGGUUUGGACAGAGGUUAUAAACUAUAACAUGAACUAGUUCAUGCCACAGGUCUAUUUCAUACUAUAAUUUUAGUUCGUGUAACAAUCAGGGCAGGGCUGUGGGUGUGGACGGGGUGAGGAAGGGGUUUGAUCUAAAAUUUUAUUUUUUUUGAAAAAAAAUUGAACGUGGUCCCCCCCCCCUGUUGAUUUUUAAAAAGUUGAAAAUUUUUUAAAAUUUUUAAAAUUUUUUGACACCCGGUUGCACCCCCCUUCCCUCGCCUAUUAAAAUCUAUUAUUAAGUACUAAAUAGGGCUAUGAGGAUAAUACUAUAACUGUAACUUUAUAGUACCUAAUCAAGUUCCCUCCGAAUCACAUGGAAAAGGUAUUCUUUGCUCUCAACUACUUUCUGGCCAACUAUGUAAGUCAAUAUAUAUUGUUUUAUUAUAGUGUUUUGAAGAGAAAGCUACAAAUGUGGUUUUUGAAUAUUAAGUUAUCUUUGAAUAAUAUUUUUAUGAAAAAAGUUUUAAAUCUUUAAAACAUAUUAAAAAUUUGUAACCAAAAGUCAAAUUUUUUGAAUUGUUUGGCUGUUUUUGAUCGAAAAGUAUAGUUUUUAUAGAAUUCUGAAUACUUUUCGACCAAAAUCAUUGCUUUUUAGUUAUUUUCAGCUAUUUUUGGCUAAAAAAUUAAUUAUAAAAGCAAUUCUACUUACUUUUUGACCAAAAUCUUAAAUUUUUAUGCUAAUUCUCAGCACCUUUUGGUCAAAAAAUUAGUCAUAAAGGCUGUUCUAUUUACUUUUUGACCAAAAAAAAUUAUUUUUUGAAGUUUUAGACCAUUACAAAUGAAAUGAAAAUUGAAACUGAUCGAUAUAUGCACAACGAUUGUCUGUUCGAGCCAAUUACAUUAGACAAAAGCGGUACUACUGCAUGUGCUACCACAGUAGAAGUUAUCAGUACUUCAAAUGGGGACAAUGUCAUCUUUAAGUUCAGUAACUUGACUACAGAACAGUAUAGUAUGUUGGUUAGUAUUCUUGAAUUUGUAGUGUUAUUUUUGUUUUUUAAAUUAAAAAAAAUAUUUUUAAAAAUUUUUAGUAAAAAACAGAUUUAAAAAACGAUUUAGAUAUACUGUAUUUUUUUUAUUUUCUCUAUUUGUUAGUGUUUCAAUCCAAAAAAUAUCGACUGAUAAAAGAGUACAACUACACAAUAAACACGAUUCAAUACAUGGUAGAAGAAAGAAUGUUGAGGAAUACUGGCAAGAUCCACUAUACCUUUAUAUGUUUCGAACCCAAAUGUCACGAUGAAUUGAUACGAAAUCAUGCGGACUUUAUUGUGGGUUAUAUUACGGUGAACAGCGGUCAGAAAUUUUGAUAAGGAGGAGGGAGGGGUAACAAAAUUUUUUCUGGUUUUUUAAUUUUUUCGCAAAAAUCAACUGGGGGGGGACCACGUUCAACUUUUUUUUUCAAAAAAUUUUUUUUUGAUUUUAAAGUUUUUUUUCAGAAACAAAUCGACAGGGGGAACCAGGUUCAAUUCUGUUUUGAAAAAUUUUUUUUGAAGGGGUUAUUUUUUUGCAGUUUUUUGAAACAUCAACAGGGGGGGGGGGGACCACGUUCAAGUUUUUUUUUCAAAAAAAAAUUUUUUUUCGCCCGGGGGAGAGUCAGAUAAAAAUUGGCCUUUUCCCCUAAAACAACUUCUUUUCAGAACGGCAUAACCACAAAACAUUGUUUCUCCGAGAACCGAGUCCAUACACGACACGAAAUGCAACUGAAAAAGCUGUCAUCUUUGAAAAAGAUACCAUCUCGAUUUGGCAUGUGUUUCCAGUCCAUCUACAAAAAGUUCCUUGAUGUCAAAUCAGUGUUUUUCACUUUGGACACGGAUGGGGAACAGUUCUUGCAACAAGGUCAAGAAGUAGGAGGUGACAAGAUCACUGUCAUCAACUUUUUCAAAGCUGUCAUCAACACCCUGUACCAAAUCGAAGGUGGCGAACUGUCGAUGGGCAGGGAUGAACAGUUGCGACGGUUCGAUGUGUUUUUGAAAAGUUGCAUGGGUGGGUGAUUUUUUGAGGGGUUGUUUUUUAAGGGAAAAGGGGGAUAUUGUAGUAUAUUUUUAAGCAGAAUUUUAAAAAUUAUAUUAUAAUUACAGUGGUCUUUCUAUAUAGUGAACCAUAUGUAUAAGCAACUCUCCUUAUAGUAAAGUAAACUAGAAAUUUAGCCCCGCCAAGUCAAUUUGCACUGAAAAGUCUCUCUGUAAAGGCAACACCCCCUAUAGCAAACACAAAAGACCAGUCCCUUCGGGUUGCUUAUAUAGAGAGAGUACUGUAUUAGUUUCAAACAUAAUAAAAUGCAUUUCAGGCGACUUAAGAGGAGGCUGCUUCAAAGACGAGAACAGUACCCUAUUGAUAACGAAAUUCAACGAACAAAUCCGAGAGAAAUUUGAUGUUGUAUCGAGUCAGGUGUUACAGUCGGAUCGAACGGUAGGCAGUCAAAUUUGUGAUAUUAUCAUAGGCAUUUCAAAUAUUUAAAAACAUUUUUUUUUUAAAUUUUGACUGAAUUUUUUUAUCAUUUUUACUAAAUAUAUCGCAAUAUUUUAGGCCAUAAGGCACUGUUUCAAUGAAGUAGAUGAGAACAAAUUGUUUUUUCACAAAGAAUUCGAUCCGGCAAUGGACUAUGAGCGCGAGAUUCUUGGCUGGUGCUUAUCGUCGCAGAAGCUAGGAGAAGAGCGAAAGCAUGGUAGGUUUGAUAAAAUUUUUAAAGUAGAAAAAGCUCUAGAUAUAGGUAAUGCCCAAUGACAGAUUUUUUUGCUAUACUUAGUGCCGGGAGGUGGGAAAUGUUUCGUUGUGGGACCUGAGUUGGGUUACAGGGGUCAUGUUUUAGGCCCGGCCUUCUGGCCCACAUAUCCCGGCCCGGCUUCUUUCGAAUUUACAGGUCUAAUUAAAGUUGUCCCAAAAGAAUAUUUGAUUUUAAAUUAAAAAACCUUUUCAGACUACUUUGCCAACGGCCUACCCGACCGCUACAGAAUCACCGACCUAGAAGACCUAAAAACUCGAAGCUCAAACUCAUGGGCGGUCAUGCUACAUCACAAACGCAUGAACAACUCCAUCGUGUACGAGAUCUACGACACUCACUGCGAUUACGACUCGUGGAGGAUUUUUAACCGUGAAGCCGGCUGCAAAUGCUACUUCUUGGUGCAGAUGCAGGAGAACGUUUGUUGUUGCUACUGGGUGGCGCGAAGAGCCUAUGAGUAUGCGUUUGAUAAGUUCAUCUCCAACAAUAUCAAGAGCAUCGUUACCUACAACGAUUGGGCCGUGGAUGAGCUUCGGUAUCUUGUCGGUGAUGCUGUGUAA